AUGUUGGGUUAUUGUUUAAAGUCAAUUUUUUUGGUGCUUAUUUGUAACACUCUUGGACAAUCCAAGAGCAUGGGCACAUGUGAUGUAUCAAUGCUUUCAAGGGUUUCACAGGAUUUAGAUUUAAGCGACAUAGAUUGGUGUUCAUAUGCGUUAGAGUGUUUGAAAAAUAUGAAACAUGCAUGGAAUUCCAUGAGCGACACAUCUUACUAUGUUGUUCCUAUUAACCUAUUGACGCUUAUAUACAUGGAGCAUGUUUCAUGUGUUGCGGUUACAAUCGACCGCGGAAGACCUGCUAUAUGUUAUUGGGAUGUGGAAACCAUGCGCUUACGUGAGGAGUAUGAGAUCAAAAAUGGUGGUAUCGGUACUGGUGAACUUCAGGAUCCUUACAUACCACAGGAUGAUAAUGCCGACACUGUCAACUCGGAGAAUGGAUCAGUUGAGGAAUACCUUUCCACCAUUGAAAGUAUGUUCAACAAGCUUGUUGAGGAUAACCAUUUGUUUGAAUCAAAACUUGGAGAAGCAAUCGAAAGGCAUCCUCUUAUUUGUGAUUUCUACGAAUGGAAAGCCAAGAUCAGAAUCUUCCUGAAUGAAGCAUCCGGGAAAUAUGGAGGUGGCAGUUCUACCGAUGCAAGCAACAUUGGACCUUUAUCCCAAUGGUGGUCAGACAACGCAUAA